UUGGCGCAGGCGAUGUUCAAGAAGAUGUCCGCAGUACGCGGAUUCAUCAUCGAGCCGAAGGAGUGGAAGGUGGAGGGUGAAAGACGCUACAGCACUCCCGGCAACACGGACUGGAUGUUAAAGGCUUGGGACCGCGUCCGUAAUGUCGGUGCUAUCGUCUUGGCGAUCAUUCUCUAUUCGGAUCAAACGAACUUGUCCAACAAUGGCAGACAAUCAGCACACCCCUUCGUCCUGUCGUUCGGUAACACACCGGAGUGGGCGCGUUGGUUGGACGGCGGCACCGAGCUUGUGGGGCUCUUCCCUAACAUCCCCUCCGACCUGAAGCCAGAGGAGAAGAUUAGGGUGUUCCAACUGGCGGCGGAAUACAUGCUACAGCCCCUGAAACGCCUUUCCAAGCUCCACGGCGGGGGCUUGAAGGUCGAGGACAGCAAUGGGGUUGAGUACGUGGCCAUCCCACUGCUGUACUCGGUCGUGAACGACCAUCCCGAGUCUAACAAGGUCUCGUGCACCAUGUCAUGUAGCUCCUACCGACCUUGCUCCAUCUGCAUGGUUACGAGAGAUAAUCUUCGGGACGUGGAUGACGAGAUCGUUCCACGCACCGUGAAAGAUCAGAAAGCUGUGUACAAGAAAAUGGAGGGGGCAGAAACCAAGAAGGAAUUGACCCGUUUGAAGAAGAAGUAUUCUACCCACUUUGUGAAG